CCCCCCAGUCCCCAUUCCAACUACUCCAGCUCCGUAAGGGUUAAAACCCAGGAGCUCAUGUGACCCAGUGUAAACCAUGAAUCAUUCCCAUUGCUCCCUGUGCUAAGAGCCUGCCGGCCCAGGAUGGGGCAGAUGCUGUGCCCCGGGGUUGCCAUGGCAACCCCGCCUGUACUGAAAUACGGCCCAGCCCAGUUCCUUCCUUGGGGGACCUCCAGGGCUGUUUCACCUGGCUCUCUCUUGCCUUCCAGGGAGGCAGGGAGAAAAGGCCGGAAGGAGAGAGAGAAAGAGAGAGAGAGAGAGAGAGAGAGAGAGAGAGAGAGAGAGAUGGAAACUGAGACACAGGGAGAGGGAGGAGAGAACCUGAUAGAGAAACAGACCGCCAGAGGGAGACAGACUGACAGCCGGCCAUAGGUCCCGAGAAGCUAGCCUGUCACCCUGGAGGCAGCUUCUCAACUGUUCCAACCUCCCAGGGCUGCCCCGUCUCAGACACACGGGCACACAUGCACCCGCGUGUGCCGCGUGCAGCGGCGUCUCCCCCGCGCCUGCAGUGAGGGCACAGGGCGGGUAGGCAGCCUGGCACGUGAAGUCACCGUCAGCCCCGCGGGACGGUGAGCGAGUUGAGACUUGGGGGAAGAAAAUGGGGGCGGACGUCAGCUCCCUGGGCGUCUGCUUCCCUGAGGCCCCUCCUGCAUUCCUGGGCAGCGAAGCCCCUCGCUAAGACAGGGACUGAUGUCAUCCCGGGCUGCUCAGCCAGGGGACCCGGGGGCCCUGGUGGCUGCCUCCGGAAAUGAGCUAGCUGCCUGCCGGCCGACAGGUUUGGAAUUUCUGGCCAGCGAACAAAACCUGCAUGGGUCAGGUGAGCGGGGCCCAGCUGUGGGCAGCUGGGCAGGGGGCCGCGGCAGCUAGUAGCCUGCCCACCGGGUCCUUCCAGUGUGCUCCUGGGAGGGGCCCCUUACCUGGGGGAAAGUGAGGACGAGGGUGCCCAGGGCCACCGUCUCUUCCUCCCCCCACCUCGAGGGACUGUCACGCCCUGGAGCCAGUGCCGCUGGUUCCUUUAAGCUCCUGGCCACAGCCAAUUCGGUGAGGUGAUCGCCAGGGACUGGAUAUUGGACCUCCCAGCGUGUUGACUUUCCAACGCUGGCCAGUGGGCUCCCAGCCCGACCCUGAACUCUCUUCGGAGCGAGACCCGUGGAUGCAGCCAGCCGGCUUCUAGCUGGGUGAUGUUGAUUCACUCUUGCUUUGGCUGAAGGGGGCUGCUGGCUUUUCUCUCCACGCAAGCCCCAAACUUCCAGGAGCGGCAAAGAGGAAGAGGGGGACCCUGGCAUUCUGAUUGCUCUUCCUCUCGCCCCCCGGCCCCAUGGAUUACUUGGGGGACAAACUCACCGUGGCCCAAACCCACAUGACCCAGUGGAUGGGCACCGUGAGGAGGUCCUUCCAGGAUGCUCUCAACUUAGUGACCACCACAGUGAGCCAUGAGCGGGCCGGUGGGGAGCCCCCCAGCCGGACCCCCUUCAAGCGCACCUCGUCCUUCCGACACCUCGCCUCCCGGAGCCGAGAGUCUCUCCGCCGCUUCUCCGCUCGCAGCCAGCAGAGGUUUUCUUCCCUAAGGAAAAGGCACCCGGAUUCGGAGCCACCAGACUUUGAUCAGCUGAAACAGUGUUUCACCAGGCGGCCCCCCGAGGCCAAGGACACUGACACACUAGUACAGGAAGCCGACAGCCAGUAUGGGACUUGGACGGACCAGCACCAGAGCGGGGAGAGCUUGGCCCCGGAGUCCCCGUCCCCGGACAGCAGCGCCGCGUCAGCGCGGAAGCAGCCCUCCAGCAGCCGCCUGUCCUCGCUGUCCUCCCAAACGGAGGCCACCUCGACCGGGGACCAGCACGACUGCUCCCGGGACCAGCGGAGCACCAGCGUGGACCGCUCCAGCACCGACCUGGAGUCCACUGACGGGACAGAGGGGCUCCCUGCCCCAGACACCUGCGCUGCACAGAAAGUAGAUGACUUCUCCUUUAUCGAUCAAACCUCAGUCCUCGACUCAAGUGCCCUCAAGACCCGGGUGCAGCUCAGCAAGAGAAGCCGCCGCCGGGCUCCCAUCUCCCACUCCCUCCGGCGCAGCCGCCUCAGCGAGUCGGAGAGCAGGUCCCCCCUGGAGGAGGAGGCCGGCAGCACGUGGAUGUUCAAGGACUCAACAGAAGAGAAAUCCCCCAGGAGAGAAGAGUCAGAUGACGAGGAGAAGCCACCCAGGACCGAGAGGACACCCGUCAGCCAUCCCCAGAGGAUGCCCGUGUUUCCCGGAGUAGACCCGGCAGUGCUCAAGGCUCAGCUGCAGAAGAGGCCGGAGGUGGACAGUCCCAGCGAGUCCCCCGGCUGGGCCCCGCAGCCCAAGACCCCUAAGUCACCCUUCCAGCUGGGCAGUCGCGUGCUGCCCACCAGCGGUGAGAAGGACGAGAGAUCUGAAGAGCCGUCGCCCCAGUGGCUAAAGGAGCUGAAAUCUAAGAAGAGGCAAAGCCUGUAUGAGAAUCAGGCUUGACCAGACGGGGUCACUGCCACGUCUAAUGAACAGAAGCCUUAACUGUCACAGCCCCCAAGAUGAGGCCACGCUGCUGCCGUUCCGCCUGCACAAUGGUUCCCUGCCCGGGCCGCCCCUCCAGCCGGUGCAGAAUGCUGUCCAGGGCCCCCGGCGCUCCGCAGGCGCUUCCGGAUCGGGUCGGAUUGGAUCGGGUCGGACGGGGCGGAAAGGCUCAUCCGCCUCCAGCGCUCGCCCGCCUCCCCUGACAGCGCUUCAGGCUGGGAAAGAAGCCAGGCUGCCCAGAAGUGUCCACACUGGCGGUUGGGAGAGUUUAUGUUAAAAAAUGUACAUUUCUGCCUACUUCAGCAGCAGCCCCGCGUACGUGGAUGUCCGGCUGGACCGUCUCCCAAGGCUCUGGAAAACACCUGAAUGGUGGAAGCACCUCUUCCCCCAACCCCAGGGCAGGUCUUGCUCAAGAGGACUUCGGUUUCCUGCUCUAACUGUGUCCAAGGCAGUUCCACAGGGCGGGAGGUUCUGAUUACUCCUUCGGCCAGUUCUGUCUCCCUCUCGAAGGAUCAGGAGCUCUGAUUUUUUAAACAUACCCAUCCUUAUCGUUAGCCUUCCAGUGGGGCUACCUGCAUAGUGGACCUCUUGUGUCGUGUGUCAUUUUUGUUUGCUUUAGAAGGUGACAAAGCAAUAAUCAGCCAAUUCCCCCUUGAAAUUUGCUAUGUAUAUAUGUUUUCAUGUUAAAGAAUGGGAGGGAAAGAGGUGUGACCGCUUUGCUUGAAGUAUGUGAUCAUCUCAGGUUAUCUGACCCCAAUCCAGGCGUUUUAAAAAUUCCAGUGGUCACGCUGGUAUAUGUGUUCCUGGUUUCUCUUCUUUCUGAGCUCUGAUUUCUGUGGAGUGACCUUUGUCCCUCGGCCUCACGGGCUUGUAAACUGCAGCCCGAAGGGCAGUGCCUUUCCCACUCGAGCACCAGACCGGCCCUGAGCGUCUCUCUCCAGAGCUGUGUGUGAGCCCCGCCUGAGCCGCGGCCCGGAAGCGCCUUCCCACACUGGCCUCAGAACACAUGCACAAGUGAGGGGUUCCUCUGGUUCUUCUCACCUCUUUCUCCCACCAACCCUCAGGCUGAGCUCCCCCAGACCAAGGGCUCUUUUGAGGUUCAAAUGCAGGAAGGCAGGGCCUUGCUGAAAGCCCUUCUCUGGAGGGGAGUGCCCCCGCCCUGCACCGCCCCAGGCCGGAGGGACUCUGGACAGCAGCGCUAGAUCCUAGGUGACGAUGUGUAAGGUUUUCUUUGGCUUUUUUCCCCCGUCUUGCUAGCUCUACUCUAUCCUCUUUGGAAACCCUCAGCACCAGCCCCCUCCCCCUAUGAAGCCCAAAGCCCCAGCAAACGUCCCAGAAAUGCCUGGCUGGCCACCUGCCACACCUGGGGUUGCCAUAAACUUAGUGCCAACCUUACCUGGGAGACGCCCCUUGGUGAGAAAGAUGCUCAGGCAGUUUGUGGGGCCACCUGUGAUGGCCGAGGGGCCCAGGGGCUCAGUUUGCGAAUGGGUCCACGCACAGCACUGACUCGACAUGGAAGUGGGGGACACGUGUGUGCCCCACCCCCUGCAACUUCCCAAAAGGUGGAAAUCUUUCUUCAUAAAUCCAUUAUUUGCAAAUGGUGUCAAAGCCUCCCUUCUCCCCGGCCACCUCUCCAAGAAUCCCUGUUCAUCUGCCCAUCAUUCUUUUCCCAUCAUCCGCCUUCAUUGACGCUUUCCUCUCUUGGGGGAGGGGGUGGGGUGGAGAGCAGUCUCCUUUCUCCCGGUGGAGACAAACGCCUGUGCCCGGAGCGCCGCUGCGUUUCAGCACCACGGACAGGGACGGGCCGCCCUCCCCCGCCCCGUCCCCUUGGCCGCGCUUUGGCUGCCUGCUGAUGGGCGGUCGUUGGGCCCUGUCGCCUGCCAGCCUGGUGCGUCUGGAAGCCUCCCGGAUCCACAUCCGUGUCUGGAGGUUGGGCCUCGUCCGGUAAUAGUUGUGUUCUCUUCAUUCCCUAAGUAAGUGGCUGAUCAACCCUCCCUGGCCCUUUGGGGGUUGAUUUCCCCCAGGAACUGCUUCAGUUGACUUGUUGUUUGAGGCCCAUUUCUUGUUUUGUAACAGUGUUGAUGCGGUAGCUUUCCAGGUCCGUAGGUCCCCUAUAGGACACUGCUAGUGUCCUGACUUCCGUUCUUGGCUGCUUCUCUCUUUGUCUUCCCGGAGGUGGGAAGGGCCCUUCCGUACCUUCUUAGGCUACAAUAGGAAAUGACCUGUCCUCUUCAGUGAGUAUAUCGGUGCUCACCACGCACGACUCUCUGUUCUGAAUUCGUCAUGUUUUAGCCCAGCUAUACCUGGCAGGAAAGAAAAGCGCUUGGCAAUGAGACUGACCUGGAGAUCUUUUGCCCAACCUCCCCGCCGCGCCCCGCCACCACCCACACCCCUUGAUUGGAAAUUAAGAGCCAGGUAAUUCCUUGGUGAUUAAGACAUGCAAAGUCCACCCCUUUAAACUGACUAGAGCAAGUCCUGAACAUCCUCCUCAAUCUCUUUCUCUUCCUGCAGCCGCACCCUCCCCUGCAGGGCAGAUGACCGCAGCAAGUCAGGAGCGACCCUCCUCACGCAGGUUCCCUGCUAGCCCAGUGCAGGGAGGUCAGGAGGGACAGGUGCUCAGAGCUGGGCCGGGAGGCGUGUGUUUCUCCUCUUCCUAAACUGGGUGUGCUCUUUGGGGCAAAGCAAGGGUUUGUAUGCUAGUUUCUGGAGUUCGCCUAGAGCCACCUUUGGAAAUCUGUCUCCUUUUAAAUGAACUUAAUAUGCCUUAAUCACCUGUGUGCAAUCCACUCACCUGCCCUCCUCUGACCUUCCUCCUCUGGGCCGUUGGCUCUCCUUGGGUGGGAGUCUUGCACAGGAAGCGCGUGCUGUGGGUGUGUCAUCCCCGCCCCACCCCGCUCAGUCUGCCUCUCUCCCCGCCCUCCCUCUGUCCACUCACACACACCCUUUGCCCAUCAGCAUUUUGAUGGAUGAUCUUUUGAUAAGUUUGUAUCUUUUUCCCUCCAGUAGAUCCCCUUCUUCAGGGUCUCUUGCCUAAGGAAACAGAGGCCUUUGGCCUGUGAAAUCCCCUGGCAAGGCCUCAGAAAGCACGUUGCAGAGAAUUGCUCAGUGCCAUUGGAGAACUUCCAGUACAGGAGAAGCCUCUCGGUAUUUGGGAUGGUGAUCUGCCAGGCUCAGGUUGUCUAGGAUUUGGGGAAAAGACAAUCAGAUGGGGAUGUUUCCCAGGGGGACAGGCCAAGUCAUGUGCUUUUGGACAAAUGUAUUUUCUUUUGUGCAUCCCAGGAAGUGAGGUCAGCUCCAGGUAUCACUAAGGAGUGAGACUAGAAAUAGGCGUAAGCCUGAGACCCUAAACCUUAGAGACUGUGCAGGGGAUUCAGAAAACCCCGGGGUGUGAUUUCUUAAAGGAGGCCCCAGCCACCCCCCUCCCCCGGUGCUGAUAGCCACCCUGCCCACAUGUGCUCUCCUGCUUUCUGUCACGGAGCCCCAGGCUGCCCCAGGAGCUGGGCAUCAUCGCAAAGCUCCAAGUCCACAGACGUGCGCUCAGAUCACCUGCACUAACCGCCUCCUUCAAGGUGACUCGGGCCUGCGUGGAAGACAGUCCACCCAAGUAGAGGGCUCUCAAGCCUGCCCCUCCCUCGCCAGUUUCUGCCUCUACCCCUCUGUCCCUGCGGCCGGCCCGCAAAGCCCUGUUCCUUAAAACAGGCAGCUAGACGACUGUUGCCGUUGUACGAAUUCGCAUUUCGGGGUGAGCCCGAGGGGAGGUGGGGAGGCAGGAGAAAAGCUCUCUCCUGGUCGGGGGAUACUGCUGCCCACCCCAGUGAAGCCCUGGCAAGUCACUUCAGUGACGGAGAACUCGCCAUCCCUCCGAUUGUGCCUUUCCUCCUCCACCACGUGUUAAAAUGAGAAAGCAAGCACCGCGGGGCAUCGUGAUGCCAUCGGGUUGGAGGGACAGCCGUUGGGUAGAGGGAGCCAUGUGAAGCGGGCAGGACCCGCUGGACUCCUGGAGGGGGCUCCGCCCCCAUAGGGGGCUCUGUGCCGAGAAGCUGCUAGGAAUCUCCUUGUGGGAAUUCCUGGCCUGCGAGGGUCCAGGGAUGGAGCCCCGUAGAGAGCCAGUUGGAGAGAGAGUGUGCUCACUCUUGGCCGGUCUGUCUGCGGCUCCCUUUGCCCACUCCACCCCUCUCCAGAUGUCUUUCUUUUGCCUGGGUUGGUCCCUGCAGGGAGCUGGGCAGAAAGCCAGGCCCUGGAAAGUCAGCCUGAGGUUUCCAGCAAGGUGUCCUCUGAGCCCGCCCCCACUUUCCCAGAACCUCCUUAAAUAGCUACCCUCGUAGCUGGCGCCAUGACAUCUUCCGCGAAUCAGGCAGGCACUUUUCUGACAAUCUCUGGUGGCGCCACGCCCACUCAAAAAUCUUACGCCAUUGUCAACAAAGAACCCGAGCUUUCUAAUGAUCUCAUUCCACAUGGCCUUACAGAUCCUGUAAAUAGGGGGCUCGCAAAAGUCAUAUAUUGUGUCAUGGAAGAUAUUUUGUACUCUGCCAUUUCCUCAAUCAUACCAAUGUUCUAGAAGUCAUGCACUUCCCCCGUGAUUUUGAUCCUCAGAAUGCUUUGUAAGAUGCGGGGAGUGGAAAUGUAUCUGUGUAUACUAUAUAUUUUCCUAGCCUUUCUUCUGGGUCCCUUCGUCGGGUAGCUGAGUCCUGACAGCGAAGGAGCCAGCGGCCUGCGUGUAGGAAGGUCGGCCUCCUGCCUGAGGGAAUCCUUGCAUUUGCCUUAGAACUCAUGAGCCCUGGCAGUUCUGCGCAGAGGGCGGACCAGAGGCACUUUAUCCAACCCCAGAAAGAACCUCUAAUCGCGUGACUGAGACUUCAUCCAGAAAAAAGCCUAUAUUUUUAACAUUAAAACAACGGGGCUCCCUGGACCUCACAGAGUAUUGGACGUCGACAAGUGCUUUUAUAUUUUGUAACUGCAAAGAGGUUUCAUACGCACAUCAAGAACAGUUGGGGAUCUGGUCAACUGCCGUGAAACCAGAUGACCUUUGCAUGUACAGAGAUGUUGCAUUCAGACUAUGGAAAUAGCAAAUAAAGCGUUGACGCAA